AUGCAAUCUUCAUUUUACUGCUAGAAUAUUUAAGUACUGUUAGUUUUUACUUAUCUAACAAGUGUGUAUGCUAAUAGGUACAAAACGUACUCGUCUGCAAACUUCCAAUCAAGAAUGCCAAAAUUCUGUAGCAGAUGGACUGAAUUCUAGUAGUACUGUUGUCACCACAGAACGAACUACUACUGGGAUUAGAGUUAGUGCACGUCUUCAGCAACAAAGUGUUAAUGAUCAGCCAGUGGUAAACACCAUAGUUGAAGAGCGAGAUGAUAAUGUGAUGUCAGAUAUUAAUCAGGAGCCUCCUCCAGGUACAACCAAAAAGGUGCGAGGGAAGACAAGAGGAGUGAAUGCAGAUAAGGUGUUCUCCCAAUUGAAUUCUAAAAUACAUGUGACUCUGACUGAAGAAAAUGCCAGACCUACGGGCCCUUAUGCUGAGAUGUUUGCAAAUGAAAUUGGUUACACAAUUCGAAACUACGCCCCACUGAAUGUGGAAAAAUGGAAGAAGAUUGAAAAAGCAGAUGUGGAGAACUUGAUCAAAAGAAUGCCCACUGAAUGUGGAAAAAUGGAAGAAGAUUGA